GGGCUGCUGGGAUGGGGGCUGCAGGGAUGGGGCAGCAGGCCUUGGCCGGACCACCCUGAGAGGUCGAGAGGGGAGCCUGAUGCCGCCCGCACCAAACCAGGGCCUUCCCCUCCCAGGUGGGCCUGGGCACCCACAGAGGCUCAUUACUUGGGGGUGGAAACAGUGCUGGAGGCUGGCGUGCAGUUAGAGGGAGUGACCCCCCUGUGUCUGUAAGGAGGGGAGUCCUCAGGCGGCCCCGCUGACACCCCCAGUGUUGACUGCCCUGUUGGGCUACAGGGCUAAGCCUGGGGUGCAGAGGGUCCUCUUCCCCGCCACCCCACCCCCCACAGCUGCAGCAGUGUCACCUGGCCUGGACCCCUGUCCAGCCCCAACGGCAGUCUCUGGGCAGUGGAGUCUGGGCCCCCCUCUGGGGGCUCCCCACUGGGCGGUGGUCCCUCGUGCUCUGUUCACUCCUACGAGCUGGCAGCCCCCUGGGUGCAGGGCUCUCCAGCAGGGUUUUUCCCUGAAGGUACCUGACCAAGAAGAAAAGGGAGGCCAAGGAUGACCAGAGAGCCGUAGGGUGAGGCGUCUGCUCAGGACCACCCCUGCCUGACCUCUGACCCCACAGGCUCGUCCAGCCACCUCCCAUGCUGGACCCCUGCAGGUCUGAGAACCCCGCGGGCUGCACCUUCUGCUCCUCACCACUCCCGGGCCGCCCGGGGCCCUGGCCUCCUUCCUCCGACCAGACUGGUGCCCUGGGUUUGACGGCUAACCAGGGGCCAGCGGGGGCUGCAGAGGGCGCUGAGCCAGGCCUGGAGAGCUCCCUGCCCCCAGCACUGUGGCCGCCUCUUGGCCCUCGAGCCAUAGUAGAUGAGUGGAGGGGCCGGGGUGCUCGAGAGGGCCGUCCUGCUGCCCCGUGCCCUUGGCCCAGGUGCGGGGAGGUCCCGCACACUUGGGCGUCCUGGGGCGGGGUCUGCUCUCAGUUGGCGGUUCCUGGAUCCCCUUGACUCUCCCAGCCGUGCUCAGGAGCCCCGGGAGGUGGGGGCCCGUGUUCGUGCACAUGCGUCCUUGUGCCUGAGCCUGGGGUGUGGUGGGGAGCUCGUGGGUGGGCCUGGGGUCCUCAGGACGCCCUUGAGGAGCCCCUUCCUGCAGACAGCGCAGCACCCUCAAGCACCCGCCGGGCGGGAUUGCCUCUGUUCCUCCCGCAAUUAUCUGUGACGCUCUGUACUUGCCUUCACUUGACAUGUGCCGUAUUUGCUGCAAAGGCAAUAAUUAGAGGUGAAAUCACAAUUGGAAAAUGAGCCAGAGCUGUUGGAGGGUGGGGUAAUUAGGGCAGUCUUGGGCUUCCCUAGCAGGCCCUCCCGAGGGUGCACUCUGCUCCCCGCCUCCAGGGAAGUGGCAGGACUCCUUGGAACCCAAACAUCCCACCCCAGAGGACCCCGGGGCUGCAGGAGACCAGCACAGCCAGGGCGGCCUGGAAGCUUCACCCAGGAGGGGCACCUCCAUGCUGGGCUUUGAGGGGUGUGUAGGAGUCUGUGGGCAGAGGACUUUCAGGGAAAGAGGCAGCAAGCGGAGGAAGGUGAAGGCAGGGAGAUAGCCACCAGAGUUCUAGGACGCGGCCCAGGGCAGCCCCCUGCACCCCAGCCACGUGUCCUGGCCGGGGGCCCAGCCCACAGGCCCGCUAGCAGCUGUGAGGGUUUGGCAGGCUCACGCCCUGAUGGCAUGGGGCUCGUCCAGGGCACCUUGUCCACUGGGUCCUUUGUCCUCCUGGCCUUUCUGUGCACCAGCUGGUGAUGGAGUUUCUCAUCUGUGAAGUGAGGUCUCCGAUGUCACAUGGCCCCAACACUCUGUCAGCAGACUGGCUGCUGUGGUGGUCAGUGAUGGGGGUAGUGGUAGAGGCCACUUAGUUUUCCACUUCCGGAGGGUCGCCUGCAUCCCUGUCCAGGUCCCUUUUGAGUUGAAGCUCACUUCCCUUUAUUCCCCACGUGCCCCUGACCCCGGCCUCCUGAGGACACGCGUGUAGGGGUGUGUGUGCACGGGUGUGAGGCUCAUCUGUGGGGCGUUUCUGGGCCAUCUGUCCUGGGCAUUAGGGACUUGUGCCCCCGGGAAGUGGCCUGGCCGCCGUUGCUGCAGCUCCUCGAGGCCUGUGCACCUUGUCUGGGGGCCUCGCCAGGCAGAAGCCUGCUUCUCACUCAGGCUGGCUCCCCUUCUGUUUCUGCCUGGAGUCGGGGUGGAGGGGUCAGUGCCAGGCCCGGUUCCCAUCCUGGAGGCUGUGGAGAGCCGUUCUGGGCCACGGCUCUGAAUUACAGAUGCCGGUGGCGCUCUUCCUGCUGCCCGGGGCCUGUUCUCUGUGCUCGGCUCCUGACCUGCAAUCACAGGGCUCGAGCUCUGGAUCAAAGGCAGCUGGGGAGAGCCCCCAGGAGCCCGCAGCCCUUCCCGGGUGGGAGCCGGGGCUCAGCGGGCCCGCCUGCGGGAGCUCUGUCCUUCCCUGAGCCAAGGAGCUUCGGGCCCCCAGGCUCAGGGCUCAGGGGUUCCACCGGGCCUGGUCCCCCGCCCCUCGUCCAGCCCCGCCUGCUGCUGCUCCUGUGUCUGGGGGGCACAGGUCAUCUCCCGGCCGCCAGCGGGCUCACUGCCCACGGGGAGCAGGAAGGAGGAGGAGGCGACACUGCUGGGAGGGUGUGACUGCUCGUGGCCCCGAAGGCCUGAUAAAGAGAUGUGCCCCUUAGGGGAACGUGUUUUUGAUGCACAUGGCAAAGAAUUCAUUUCGCGUACAAAGCAAAGGGCUUUGCAAAUUGGUAAGAGCCACCCUUCAGCAGCGUAAAAAGGGGCAAGUGCAAACCCGAGUGGUCGGAACCGUGAGACUGUGUCAAGGUCGUAACUAAAGCAGCAGCAGCAGAGUCGGCAAAGUGUGAAUGAAACCGAGGGGCGUCCAGCGCUCCACAUCCCUCAGAACCCAGGCUGCAGUGCCGUGGAGAGCAGGCCGUCCUACGCCACAUCCAGGCGCCCGAAUGCCAGGGGUGGCCCGAACUAUGGCGGUCACCUCCGUGCCCAUCGGGGAACACAGGCCGCCUCUGGGGAACGUCCAGGUCGGGCCCAGGCUUGGGAGGGGAGAGUGCAGGGCAUCUCGGUCUGAGGCCACAGAAGGUCCAGCGGAGGCCAGGAGGCCAGGGGGCAGUGACCAGGACCGCGGCUCCCUGCAGCGUGGUGACGACAGCAGAGGCCUCGUGAAGCUGGGGAUUCACUGUGUCACGUGCCAGAAGGUGGCUGUCAAGAUCGUCAACCGCGAGAAGCUCAGCGAGUCUGUACUGAUGAAGGUGGAGCGGGAGAUCGCCAUCCUGAAGCUGAUCGAGCACCCCCAUGUCCUCAAGCUGCACGACGUCUAUGAAAACAAAAAAUAUUUAUACCUGGUGCUAGAACACGUGUCUGGUGGGGAGCUCUUCGACUACCUUGUCAAGAAGGGGAGGCUGACCCCCAAAGAGGCUAGAAAGUUCUUCCGGCAGAUCAUCUCUGCGCUAGACUUCUGCCACAGUCACUCCAUAUGCCACAGGGAUCUGAAACCAGAAAACCUUCUGCUGGACGAGAAGAAUAACAUCCGGAUCGCGGACUUCGGGAUGGCGUCGCUGCAGGUUGGCGACAGCCUGCUGGAGACGAGCUGCGGGUCCCCCCACUAUGCCUGCCCGGAGGUGAUCCGGGGAGAGAAGUACGAUGGCCGCAAGGCAGACGUGUGGAGCUGCGGCGUGAUCCUGUUCGCCCUGCUUGUGGGGGCGCUGCCCUUCGACGACGACAACCUGCGGCAGCUGCUGGAGAAGGUGAAGCGGGGCGUGUUCCACAUGCCGCACUUCAUCCCGCCCGACUGCCAGAGCCUGCUGCGCGGCAUGAUCGAGGUGGACGCCACGCGGCGCCUCACGCUAGAGCACAUUCAGAAACACAUUUGGUAUAUAGGAGGCAAGAACGAGCCCGAGCCGGAGCAGCCCAUCCCCCGCAAGGUGCAGAUCCGCUCGCUGCCCAGCCUGGAGGACAUCGACCCCGACGUGCUGGACAGCAUGCACUCGCUGGGCUGCUUCCGGGACCGCAACAAGCUGCUGCAGGACCUGCUGUCCGAGGAGGAGAACCAGGAGAAGAUGAUUUAUUUCCUCCUCCUGGACCGGAAAGAAAGGUAUCCGAGCCACGAGGACGAGGACCUGCCGCCCAGGAACGAGAUAGACCCUCCCCGGAAGCGCGUGGACUCCCCAAUGCUGAACCGGCACGGCAAGCGGCGGCCUGAGCGCAAGUCCAUGGAGGUGCUGAGCGUGACGGACGGCGGCUCCCCGGUGCCUGCGCGGCGGGCCAUCGAGAUGGCCCAGCACGGCCAGAGUAAAGCAAUGUUCAGUAAAAGCCUGGAUAUCGCUGAAGCCCACCCCCAAUUCAGCAAAGAAGACAGGAUGGCAGGUGCCGGCGCCCAGGGGUCUAGGUCCAUCAGCGGCGCUUCCUCAGGCCUCUCCACCAGCCCACUCAGCAGCCCCCGGGUGACCCCUCACCCCUCUCCGAGGGGCAGUCCCCUCCCUACCCCCAAGGGGACGCCUGUGCACACGCCCAAGGAGAGCCCGGCCGGCACGCCCAACCCCACGCCACCGUCCAGCCCCAGCGUGGGAGGGGUGCCCUGGAGGACACGGCUCAACUCCAUCAAGAACAGCUUCCUGGGGUCACCCCGCUUCCACCGCCGGAAACUGCAAGUUCCGACGCCCGAGGAGAUGUCCAACCUGACCCCGGAGUCGUCCCCAGAGCUCGCCAAAAGGUCCUGGUUUGGGAACUUCAUCAGCCUGGAGAAGGAGGAACAGGUCUUCGCGGUCAUCAAGGACAAGCCGCUGAGCUCCAUCAAAGCCGACAUCGUCCACGCCUUCCUGUCGAUCCCCAGCCUCAGCCACAGCGUCAUCUCCCAGACGAGCUUCCGGGCCGAGCACAAGGCAACGGGGGGCCCGGCGGUGUUCCAGAAGCCGGUCAAGUUCCAGGUGGACAUCACCUACACCGAGGGCGGGGCGGCGCAGAAGGAGAACGGCGUCUACUCCGUCACGUUCACGCUCCUGUCAGGCCCGAGCCGCCGCUUCAAGAGGGUCGUGGAGACCAUUCAGACCCAGCUGCUGGGCACACAUGAGCAGCCUUCUGCCCAGCACUUGUCAGACACCACUAACUGUAUGGAAAUGAUGACGGGGAGGCUUUCCAAAUGUGACGAGAAGAACGGGCAGGCGGCCCAGGCCCCCAGCACGCCCGCCAAGCGGAGUGCCCACGGCCCACUCGGGGACUCCGCGGCCGCUGGCCCCGGCCCUGGAGGGGACGCCGAGUACCCAGCGGGCAAGGACACGGCCAGGACGGGGCUGCCCGCCGCCCGCCGAGAGCAGCCUUAGACACAUAGCCCCCUCCCCCUGCACGGCCCCGACAGUGGCCCCCAGGCCGCCUCGCCGCCCGCUCGCCCGCCCGGUGUGGACCCGGGGCCGCGUCCGUCUGUCCGUCUAGACUGUUGUGAAGCCGGGGAGGAAAGGAAAGGGGGCACCGGGGGCCACAGCCGCGUCUGGGCCACCCGCGCCCGCUCUCUCUUUCUCUCGCUGUCUCUCUCCCUGCCUGUCUCUGACAACGCCACUGUUUCCGCUCUGAUACCAGGAAUUAUCCCGAAAAGUUAACAUGUCAUCUCCACGAGGCCGUCCUCCGUGCUCUGCACCGGACACCGGCUGACCGAAGGCAGCUGCCGUGGACCUGCCCUCUCUCCUCUCCUGCUGCUGCCGCCCACUGGGCAGUGAGGCCCUGCCCGCCCGCCAGCUCUGCCCAGUUUCAGCUCCGCAUGGCCACGGCGAGGAGGACCCGGCCCCGACGGGAGGCCGCCUCGGGCCCACCCGACUGGACGCGCAGUGACCAGUGCCCCCGGCGGGUCCGGCCGGCCUCCGGGGCAGGCCCAAGGGGGUGAAGCAGCCGUCUGGCCCGGCCGGCACGGCCUCUCCUCGGCACGUCCCCUCCCUGCUGCUCCCUCCUCGUCCACGUCCAUGCACCUCAGCGCCGCCCACCUGCCUCGCCGCAUCCCACCCCCCAGCUCCCCGGGGGCUGCAGGUGGAAAGAAACCCCGGGGGCCCCGCAGCACCUGCCCACCCGCCCACCCG